GGUGUAUACGCAUGUAUUAUGUGUUGUUAGAUUAUUAGUUCAUUUAAACUUAUUAUAUGUAUAAAUGGCAUCGUAAACUGGCAUAUUUUUGCUAAAGUGGGUUGCUGCCAGCCGGAAAUAACCGUGUUGCACCGGCGGGUUUCUUCGAAAAAUGAUGGCGUCGAGAAGAGCUUCGACGGUCCACAAACCACUGAAAGCCGCUUUGGGGGAUUCAGACAAUUCAAAGGGUGCUAGUGAAAACAGCAGCGGCAGCUUUAACGGAACGACGAAGAAAAAAGCUGCCGGUAGGGUAGUCAAGUCCCGUUAUCUCCAAGCUGUUGACCGGAAGCAGCCCGCAAAGAACACUGUGCUCAAUGAGUCCACCUUUGUGGGACCAAGGCCUGCCUCCCCCAAAAUGGGGAGUGGUCAGAAGCCCUCUCUGGGGAUGUCCCCUCGACGCUCCAUUGCUCCUCAGUCCCUUAAUACUCCUGCAUCAAUGAUGUCCAGUAUUUUGGAGCCUUCAAAAUUGGGAGGAAGCAUCCUACAGUCCACAGUAUUAGAUGGUCACUGCGUUCACCCAGAGUUUGACAUGUCAGCUAUUAAAGAAAAGACAGUAAAACAGCAUACGGCAGACCCGGAAAAUGACAAGAAGUUCUUGGAGAUGCAGACAUUUAUCUUGACUUUCGUCACAGCCAAGAUGGAGAGUAAUGCACAGAAACUGAAAGAAGAGGCAGAAGGCAGCAUAUUAGCAGUGAUGGAGGAAGAGGAGCAGAUGAGGAAGAGGCUCCAUGAGAAGAAAUUGAAGCAGGUGCAGCUGGAAAAGUGCAAGCAAUUCAAUGACCUCCUGGACAUGCAGGUCGCAGCUCUGACCCCGGUAGUGGCGGUAGUGGAGCAGUUCGCACAGGAGUACAAAGCGUUCGCCACAGCGCUGGACACAACUCGCCACGAGCUUCCAGUGAAAAACUUCUACAUUGAGGGAGAUCGAAGGGAGUUUCUAGAUAAGGCAGAAGUCUGUCUGAAGGAGAGUGAGAAGGUAUUACUGAGGUGUAGUGGAGCAUCUCAGUCGGGUCAGGCUUCCAAGUUUCUGAGAGAGAUCAAAGGUUCAACACAGGGUCUUGAUGAGCAGCUCUCAAGAGUUUUCCUGGAUGUUCUGGAACUCGCCGCUCUGGUCAGUCGGCAGGCUGUCGAAGUCCAGCGGACCUUGGAGGAGGACAGACUUGGGAUGUUGAAAGCUCAGGCACUUUCCCUUCUAAGGCAAUGAGCCUGCAGAUGGGAUCAAAUAUAUUCCAUCCUUUAUAACUAAACUCACUUUUUGUAAAUAGCAUAAUUUAGCGUGUGAAUUUUAAAUAAAUAAAUGUUUAAAAUA